AUGUCCUUGUCUGAUCGACAGAAAGGAAAGGUUAAGAUGGGUCAGCUGGACUUGGAGGGAGCACUGAUUGCCAGAGACCGAGUUGGCAUCCAGGAUUUUGUGCUUCUCGAUGCCCACAACAGUGAGACAGCCUUCCUAGACAAUCUGAAGAAACGUUUCUCAGAGGAUUUGAUAUACACUUAUAUAGGUACUUUGCUGAUAUCCGUGAAUCCAUAUAAAGAGCUGGACAUCUACACUAAAAAGCAGAUGGACCUCUACAUGGGGGUGAACUUCUUUGAGCUUCCACCACACAUUUACGCAUUAGCAGACAAUGCUUACCACACCAUGCUAACAGAAGCCAACAACAACUUCAUUCUGAUAUGCGGAGAGAGUGGAGCGGGCAAAACAGAGGCCUCCAAAAAAAUCCUGCAGUUCUAUGCGGUCAGCUGUCCGAGCACUACUCUGCUGGACACCGUGAGAGACCGCAUGCUCAUGUCCAACCCUGUACUAGAGGCUUUUGGAAAUGCAAAGACGAUGAAAAAUUACAACUCUAGUCGUUUUGGGAAGUAUAUGGACAUUCAGUUUGACAGCCAGGGAGAUGCUGUCGGUGGCCAUAUCCUCAGCUAUCUGCUGGAAAAGUCCAGAGUGGUCCACCAAAACCACGGAGAGAGAAACUUUCAUAUCUUUUACCAGCUGGUGGAGGGAGGGGAGGAGGACCUACUGAGGCACCUGGGCUUGGAGAGAGAUACCAAGCGUUAUUGCUAUCUGGUGCAGGGUGAAUGUUCCAAUGUGAGCUCCAUUAAUGAUAAGAAUGACUGGAAAACAGUUAAAAAUGCUCUGUCGGUCAUUGACUUUGAUGCUAGUGACAUUGAGCACCUCUUUGGGAUCAUAGCUAGUGUGCUUCAUCUGGGCAAUGUGCACUUUGAUGGUGACUCCAAAGGUUAUGCUAUUCUAAACUCAAAUGCAGCACUACGCUGGGUAUCCAAGCUGUCAGGGGUCCAUGUGCAAGUGCUUCAUGAAGCCCUUACAUACAGGAAGAUUGAAGCCAAAUCAGAGGAGGUCCUGAGCCCAUUCACUGUGGAUCAUGCAGUCUAUGCCAGAGAUGCCCUGGCCAAAGCCAUAUACGGCCGUACCUUCACAUGGCUAGUCAACAGGAUCAACGAAUCUCUGGAGAAUAUGGACUCUAACAGGAAGACAGUCAUUGGAUUGUUGGACAUCUAUGGAUUUGAGGUAUUCACUGUCAACAGUUUUGAGCAAUUCUGCAUAAAUUACUGCAACGAGAAGCUCCAGCAACUCUUCAUUCAGUUAACACUAAAGGCUGAACAGGAGGAAUAUGAAGCAGAAGGAAUUGGGUGGGAGCCGGUGCAGUUCUUCAACAAUAAAAUCAUCUGUGACCUGGUGGAGGAGAAGCAUAGAGGAAUCAUCUCUGUGCUGGAUGAGGAGUGUCUGAGGCCAGGAGAUGCCACAGAUCUCACAUUUCUUGAGAAGCUUGAGGAGAAAAUGGGCAAUCAUCCGCACUUUGUGACGCAUAAACUGGCUGAUAAGAAGACCCGUAAGACACUUGAGAGAGGAGACUUUCGUCUGCUUCAUUAUGCAGGGGAGGUGACCUAUUGCGUUGUGGGGUUCAUUGACAAAAACAAUGAUCUUUUGUAUAAGAACAUCAAAGAUGUGUUGCGCCUGUCAAAAAAUCCCAUAAUUCAGCAGUGCUUUCCAGUCACUGAAGAAGACAGCAAGAGAAGGCCUGAGACAGUGGCCACUCAGUUUAAGAACAGCCUUCAGAGGCUGACAGAGAUUCUGACGGCUAAGGAGGCAUGGUAUGUGCGAUGUCUCAAGUCCAAUGAUAAUAAACAGCCAGGCAAGUUCGAUGAAGUUCUAGUGAAACAUCAGGUGAAAUAUCUGGGGUUGAUGGAGCACCUGAGGGUCAGACGAGCUGGAUUUGCAUAUCGGCGUAGAUAUGACGUCUUCUUAAAGAGGUAUAAAGCACUUUGUCCUGCCACAUGGCCCCACUGGAGGGGAGUACCUGCAGAAGGGGUGGAAACACUAGUUCAGCAUCUGGGCUACCAGCCUGAUGAAUAUAAAAUGGGCAGGACAAAGAUAUUUAUACGAUAUGCUAGGACUCUUUUUGCCACUGAAGAUGCUUUUGAAAUCUGCAAACAUGACCUGGCUACGAGACUACAAGCCAAAUAUAAAGGUUACAGAGCCAAAGGAGAGUUCAGAAAACAGAAAGAGGCUGCUACGAAAAUAGAGACCUGCUGGAGAGGGGUGCAGGCACGGAAGGAGAGAGAUCGAAGAGCCUGGGCCGUCAAAGUUAUUAAAAAGUUUAUUAAGGGCUACAUGACACGUCGUGAGGCAAAAACUACAGACAACUCAGAGUACCUGGCUUUCGUCAGACAGAGCUACCUCAAUCGACUGAAGAAUAACUUACCAAAGACGGUGCUGGACAAGACCACAUGGCUGACCCCACCUCCAGUUAUGACAGAGACCUCUGAGAUUUUGCGUCAGCUGCACACUCGUAUGAUGGUGAGGAAGUAUGUGCGUGGAAUCACACCUCAGAGAAAAGCGCUGCUACAACAAAAAGUAGUAACCAGUGCCAUCUUUAAGGGAAAGAAGGACAGUUAUCCUCAGAGCAUCAGUGUACCUUUUGUGGACACCAGAAUCAGUGAACAAGACAUAAACACGAGGGUUCUCCAGACCAUAAGACAUGAACGUAUCAAGUACAGUGUUCCUGUGGUGAAGUAUGACAGGAACGGAUUUAAAUCCAGACAAAGACAGCUAAUCUUCACACAGGCUGCUGUGUACAUGGUAGAAGAAGCUAAGAUCAAACAGAGAGUGGGCUAUGUGUCUUUAAAAGGUGUAUCUGUCAGUAAUCUGGGUGACUCUAUCAUGAUUCUCCAUGUUGCUUUUGAUGAUCCAAAACAAAAGGGCGACCUUAUACUAGAGUGUGAACACCUCUUUGAAACUUUGACCAAACUGGCUAUGAUCACAAACAAGCAGAAUGACAUCAAGGUGCUUCAAGGAAGCAUUAAGUUUGAGAUCAACACAGGCAAGGAAAACUGUGUGGACUUCAGUACUGGACAAGAGCCUAUGGUUUAUAAAGGCAAAAAUGGCCAUCUGAUGGUGGUGGCUCCACGGAUCAAGUCUCGAUGAUCUCAGCAGGUGAUUUGAAUUGUAUAUAUUUCAUGAGGGGAAACCUGUAAAGGAAGAUGAUACCUCAGGCCACGCCCAC